CCCCGAUCAAGCUCCUGGAUUUGGCUUCGACGCCGUUGAAAGAUAAGAGAGUUGCGUUGUGAGUGGAACUCGUUCCCCGGUGACACUAGACAAGGGUUGAAGGGACAGCUGCAUCGGACUUCACCAAUGAAUGAUCAUUCACCAAUCCUCCCAGUUAGCGACCUAAUGACUGUUCGUGAUGACUUGUUGGGCUUUGCGAAGUCAGUCACUGCAACUUCCAUCUUGCCACCGCGGCCCUUGACUCUCACUCGUCGAUUGCCUCGAAUCAACGGAGAUCACUCCCCUUCCUUCCAACUGCCACUCACCUUUCUGCGACAGCGACUUGUCUCGAGCUUCUAGCCUUUCGCAAACCCUUGUCCUCUUUAGAUCGACGCCUCACCAACCAUCGGCGAAGACCAUCCUGUUGAUCCCUGAACAUCUCACAAGCUAGCUGCCUUUGGACGCCCAUCCUCUCACAUCCUCCAUUCUCCGCUCCAACGGUGGACCGCAGCGUAGCACUCUCCCGGUCACCUCGACCAGGCUCAUCUUGUGUGGCUUUCGGCGCGAGCGAUCAUGCGAUAGCCCAGGCCAGCAUACCUUGCUCCUGCACACCACCAUCCACACGCAGCUCGUGGUCCUACAUAUACCACCCUCGUCCACCUGCGGCGCUUCCUUUCUGUCUCCAAUACUCCUUGGUCAACAGGUCUUCCUGCGCAUUCGUGACCAACCUCGACAAGAAGCUGUCGAGCCUCCUGUCCACAACCAACCGUCAUCCAUACACGCUCCUUCAUCAUGGAGAAGAACCAUGACUUCCGCAUUGGCUCUGGCUCCGAGUCGCCAGACCACCUCCCUGUCAACCAGAGUGAGGUCAAUAAGAUGGAGGCUCGCCGAGGUUCCAAGAUCAACGAGGCCACCGACAUGUACGGUGACAUUGCGACAGCCGAAGAAUACGGUUACGUCUCGCGAGGUCUGAAGUCCCGCCAUAUCCAGUUCAUUGCUCUCGGUGGCACCAUCGGUACCGGUCUGUUCUUGGGUAUCGGUCGUGCCUUCACCCAAGCCGGUCCUCUCUCAGUCUUGCUCGGUUACACCUUCACUGGUCUCGCAGUCUUUGCUAUGAUGAUGUCUCUUGGUGAGAUGGCGACUUGGCUCCCUCUUCCCGGUGCGAUCCCUCAAUUUUGCGCCCGAUACGUCGACGAUGCCAUGGGUUUUGCCGUUGGUUGGAACAACUGGUACUCCUGCGCCAUCACACUCUGUGCCGAAAUCUCAGCUGCUUCGUCGGUCAUCCAAUACUGGUCCGGUGCUCGAGACAUCAACGUAGCCGCUUGGAUCUCUAUCAUCAUCGUCUUGGUCCUCUGUCUGAACAUCUUCGCUGUCUCCAUCUAUGGAGAGGCCGAGUUCAUCUUCGCCUCCAUCAAAAUCGUCACGAUUGUCGGUCUCUUGAUCCUGGCCCUCAUCAUCGAUUGCGGCGGUGUUCCCGGACAGCACCGCCUGGGUUUCCAGUACUGGAACAACCCCGGCGCCAUGAAGGAGUACAUUGCUAGCGGCAGCACUGGUCGCUUUCUCGGUCUGUGGUCAACCCUUGUCAAUGCUGCCUUCUCCUAUGGUGGCGUCGAAAUGGUCGCUGUCGCUGCUGGUGAGGCUGAAGACCCGCGUCGAAACAUACCCAAGGCCGUGAAACGUGUCUUCUGGCGUAUUCUCUUCUUCUACGUCUUGGGUUCUUUGGCCAUCGGCGUUCUCGUCCCUUACAACGACCCGCACCUGCUCAGCGCUCAGGAAAGUGGCGCCCCAGGUGCCGCCUCAUCUCCUUGGGUUAUUGCUAUUGCUCGCGCUGGUAUCAAGGUGCUUCCGUCAAUCAUCAACGCCGUCAUCCUGACAUCAGCUUCCUCCUCCGCCAAUGCCUUUUUGUACACCGGAUCCCGAUACUUGUACGCCAUCGCUCAGAACCGACAAGCACCAAGAUUCCUGCUCAAGUGCUCAAAGACCGGUGUCCCCAUCUGGUGCGUCUUGAUCACCUGCUCGAUCGCUCUCUUGACCUACAUGUCGUGCUCUUCUGGCUCCAACACCGUCUUCACGUGGUUUCAGAAUUUGACGACGAUCUCAACUCUCUUCACCUGGGUUAGCAUUAACAUUGCGUAUAUCCGGUUCCACAAGGCCUGCCAAGCCCAGGGCAUUAGUCGCAGCGAUCUCCCCUUCCGCGCUCCGUUCCAACCGUACCUCGGCUGGGCGGCAUUGAUCUUCUUCAGCUUGAUCAUCUUCUUCAACGGCUUCGACUCGAUUGCUGGAAGUUGGGACUACCAGGCCUUCAUCACCGAUUACAUCGGGGUACCCAUCUAUUUUGGCCUGUACCUCUUCUGGAGAAUCUUCAAGCGCACCCGCUUUAUCCCUUCGUCCGAGGCCGAUCUGCAUACUGGAAAGGCUGCGCUUGACGCCAUUGUUUGGCCAGAGCGUGUUCCUCGUAACUGGGUCGAGAGAGUGUGGUUCUGGAUCGCAUAGAGUUGUAAUGAAGCGGAUCGAUGGAGGACAGACUCUCUCCUUGUCAAAAAUGAUUCAUACAUAUCAUACCCAGGUGUGCAUGCGUUGCUGUUCUUCGCUUAUUGUGUUAGUCAGAUGGACAUAAAAAAGCAGAGCUCCAGAUAUGUUCGUCGUAAGACGGGCUACGAAUUAAUGUGACGUACCUGAAACAUUCA